AUGAAUACUUCUGGAUCAAGCAAUGUCAAUGGCAGUCGUGCACAAAGACGCGCACAGAAACUUCAAGAGAACAAAAGACUCAAAAAAGCCGCAAAGAAAGCAGUGCAAUCAAAUGUACAACAGAAAACAAAAGUAACCAAGUACCCUGCAGAUACCUGGCACUCUCAACUUUCUUUAGUUCCAGUCGACAGCCGUGGACAAGGAAUUGCAGGCCCAUUGACGCUCACAAUUCUUCCUCUCGAAGCAAUUGCUUCAAUGAAUGACCUCCAAGGAUUCCCAUCCCAUAUUUCUGAAUAUGAGCCAGACAGACGAGCCUCUGUCAUUACCACCAACUCUACAACAUCGUCCAUCCUCACCCUUGACUACAGUAAUGCAAUUGCUGCAAGUGUGACUACCUUGUCAGCCGAGACUUCGGAUAACAAGGAACACGCUUUGUACGAGCAUCUCUAUGCACGCAGGAUACAAAAACUAGAUGAAAUCAGUGUGUACGAACUAUCCAGAGAUGCAGACGAUACUGUGACUGACGCACAGUUGAACUCACUGACAAUUUCGGACCAUUUCCCCGAGAGUGAUACAGCCCCUGAUAAGCAAGAAGUCCUCGUAGUAGCACAAGAAGCAUCUCCAAAACUGUCUCACAAAAGCGAAGAGACAAUUGUGCCAGUCGAAGAAGACAUCACACAAGUUAACGAAAAGGUGUCGAUUCAUGAAGUCCAGAGGGAGCCAAGCAUAAAGCAUAAGACAUCGUUGAAGAAGAAGCGAAGCACAAGGGAAAUCAAGAUCUCUCACACCAGAAAGGUCUCCAAGGCACCUAGUCUAAAGAGAGAGUAUAAGGUGGCGAGUACAAAAAAAGAGCGCAAGAGGUUCAAUGUGGUAGAGAAAAGGCAGCUGAAAUCAAAAAAGGAAAAGGACUCUAAAUCAAAAAUCGAAGAAGAUCCAAAAUCCAAAAAGAAAUCCAAGUUUUUGAGCUUAUUCAAGAAAGAAAAGAGUACCGAAACGACAGAUAAGAUAAAGAAGCGUAAAGCCUGGCAGUUUUGGAAAGAUUAA